AUGAACAUACUUAGUAUCAUUGUUUUUAUGAUAGUUGGUUGUUUACACUUGAUGGGAUCAUAUGAGUGUAAGGAACACUCCAUCGAAUUAAAAAAUAAUUACAUUGAAGGCACAAUUAAAGGCAAUCUGAACGUUUUGGCAGAUUGUACAAUAUAUUUAGAUUCAGAUAUUUAUAAGAAACCAAAGAUUAAUGGGCAAUUUAUUUUUACAAAUGUGAAGGAAGGGACAUACAACAUGUUUGUUAAUCACCCAUACCUUGAAUUUAACAAGUAUCAAGUAAAUGUGAAAAAAAGUGUGACUAAGAAUAAUGACAAAGUAUAUAUCGUACAAGCAUAUGAACAAAUAUCCCCAUUUGAAAAAAGCAACUUAAUGGUUACGAAUAUAGUUUUUGAAGCGAAAAAGGUGUAUGAAUUUUUAGUUCCAAAAAAGAAUUUUCAUAUAUAUAAUUUGUUUAAGAGCCCCAUUUUUUUAAUUUUCUUUUUCUUCUUAAUUUUACUUAGUGUCUUACCACAAAUGCAGAAAAUAUCCGAUUCUGCAAAUGAGGAGACACACGGACCUGCUACCUACAAAUCUAAUUUUGUGGAAUCUAUCAAAUGA